AUGGCAUUGCAAGGAUUGAGCACUGCGGCUGUGGCUGCAUCAGUAUCGGUAGGACCUCCUACUCAUCUUCGUAUUCAUUCCUCCAGGUUAUCUUGUGGCGGUCGCAUACCUUCUUCAAGAAUUAGAAUCCGGCCAGUAAGAUGUAAAGCGGUCGGAGAAAACCCGCAAGGUUCAUUGAGCGAUACCGUAGUUUAUAAAGGUGUUUAUGGCCCCUGGACCGUUGAAUCUUCCGAUGUUCAAGAGGUUAUUUCGUACAGAUCAGGAUUAGUGACAGCCGCUGCAUCGUUUGUCAUUGCCGCAUCAGCUGCAUAUUUGCCUGAUAACCUAAGUUCAUUGCUCAAGCAAAACCAAGAUUUUUUAUAUGUCAUUGGGUCAGGUGGAUUGGGUUUAUCAUUAUUCUUGAUUCACAUCUAUGUGACUGAAAUCAAGCGCACUCUACAAGCAUUAUGGGGCCUUGGGGUUCUUGGAUCAGCUGCAACCUACAUCUACCUUGCACAACCGGCUAAUAAAACUCUAGUACAAUAUGUUGUUGAUAACCCAUCAGCUGUCUGGCUUGUCGGUCCUCUUUUCGCUGCUUUGACAGGACUUGUUUUCAAGGAAGGACUCUGCUACGGCAAGCUAGAAGCUGGAGCUCUCACGUUUAUUAUUCCGAUACUUCUUCUCGGGCAUCUGUCCGGUUUGAUGGAUGAUGGAGCUAAACUUACAUUGCUUGCUUUAUGGAUGGGUCUUUUUGUGAUAUUUGCGGGGAGGAAAUUCACUCAGCCCAUCAAGGAUGACAUCGGUGACAAGUCAGUUUUCACGUUCAAUUCUCUCCCUGAUGAUGAAAAGAAAGCCUUGAUUGAGAAACUGGAACAACAAAAUUCUCGGUAUUAA